AUGGAUUCCGGGCUGGAUCUUGUCAACCCGGAGAAGCUUGCGAGCCAAUUACGCGAAUACAAGGAGCCUGACAGGGACACACAGCGGAAUGUUUUGAAUCAACGAUUGAACGAGCUGGUGAGCGAUCCCACGUCGCGGUGGUUCAAAUUCCAGCACGAGCCAGAGGAGCUUGACUCUGUGGCGCUGAACAUUCUGAUUGAGCGUACUUUGGCCGAUGUCCAUGAGAGCCAGCACGAGAAGGAGAUCAUGACUGUUCAGGAGGUGCGACUGGUGAAGGAGCAGAUCGCAAGACUUACUGGGGAGAAGGCCGAGGUUUUGGCCGAGCUGGGUCAGAAUUUGCAGCCUGAUAUGGUUAGCCGGUUGCAGACGGUCGACCAAGAGCUCACCUCUUUGCAAAACAGACUCAACACCCACCAGCUGUUGGUUUUGCAGCUGGGAUACGUCCAGGACAUGUCGUUUGAGGUGCCAAUUGGCCGCGGCGACGUGGAGCGGUCGCUGGAAGGACUGGUGUCGAAGGUUGUGUCGCUGUCUGCGCAACACCAAGUGGAGCUGCCGGAGCCGGAGAUCGAGAAGAUGAGAACUGUGGGGGGAAGAAUUGGGUGGGUUUCCGAGUGUGUGUCCACUUUGGUGGGGGGAACCCAAACGGUGGGGUCGCCAACCAGUAAAGCGCGGCAGCUGACCCAGCAGGCAGACGUGUCGAGCGUCGAUGAGCUCAAGACCGCUCUGACCGACCUGCAGUUUGCACACAACUACCUGACGCGCAAGUUCGAGGACGAGCGCGACCUACACAGCAAGAUCCUCAACGACCUGCGCCACAAGCUGAGCCAGUCGCAGGAGCUGCUGAACCACUCGAACGCAGAGCUGUCGAAACAAACGUCCCAGAUAUUAAAGCUGGAGUUACAAAACAGCGACUUACAAACACAUCUAGACACCAAGCACCGCGAGACCAUCAGCCAGGCCAAAGAGCUCAACAUCUUGAAAGUGGACCAUCUGGGCGACAGUGCGGUGGAAAGACCGCGGUCGAUGUACUCGGGCAGCCAGAACACCCAGGCGUCGAACCCGUCCACGCCGUUGACGUCGUUCCACGAGGAGCAGUCGUUUGCGGCCACCUCGUCGCCAACAAGAAACAACGUGAGCGCGUCGAUUUUGCGGCUGGAGUUCAAACGGCUGGUGGCAGAAAUGAACGAGCGGUUUGAGCAGGAGCUGGACGCAGAGAAGGUGGAAAACCAACGGCUGAGAGAUCUAUUGAAGAUAUAUGAGUCCAAACAGCACCAGACCUAG